CUCGAGGUGACGGAGACAUGAACUAGGAAUCACACCAGCCUGUUCACAUCAGAGUCCAUUUCUAUUGUAACAGUUCCAAGAUUUGGCGAGCAGGUGCGGUCAGUCCUCUCGCUUCACCCCCAUCGGCGACCCAUCAAAAGAAACCCUUCAACCCCACCACACCCCCGCCGGUGCUGCCUUGACAUAUUUAUCAAUCCACCUUCCGCUCUCGAAUACGUCUCUUCCUCCAUAAACCACCAAACAUGGCAGACAGCCUAUCCAUCUACGAUGAGGUAGAGAUCGAAGACAUGACCUUCGACCCUGCCCUGCAAAUCUAUCACUACCCGUGCCCGUGUGGCGAUAGGUUCGAGAUCGGAAUUGCAGAUUUGAGGGAUGGAGAGGAAAUUGCAAUCUGUCCAAGCUGCAGUCUGAUGAUCAAGGUUAUUUUUGACGUGGACGACCUACCCAAGGAUGGAGAUGGUGGUGCUGGAUUGGCGACCGUGGCGGUUCAGGCGUGAACGGGAUAGGUUCUGGUUCUUUACGGAUAACCACCAGCGAUAUUGGUCCCGAGCAUUAAUUGUGUUUCUGGUAACCUGAAACACGUGCCAACUCUCCCGUUUGCGGAAGACUACACCCGAUGACGGGCCACUACCAGCAUCACCAUAAUGGCUACUGUGCUUGAUCUUCGCUAGUUAUGGCGAACAUCAUUCGCUGCCGAUGAUAGCAUCACCACAGGUGUAAGCAAAGGUGACAGCCACCGGCUCCAUUACGGCUCGACUUCGUCAGUGUGGAUGGACUUGCAAUGUGGACGAGGAAGAAGCAAAAGCAUCGAUGGAGGCUUAGCACGCUAAGAAUGUUGAUACAGAGUAUAUC